AUGUCCACCAAGACGCGCCCCGCCAUGCCACCCGUGGUCAUGGACAGCAUAACGCAGCAAAUAGGCAACACGCCCCUCGUCCGCCUAAAUAAGAUCCCGCAAUCUCUGGGGAUCCGUGCAACUGUCUUUGUCAAGGUCGAAGCCUUCAACGCCGGUGGCAGUGUCAAGGACCGCAUUGCCCUGCGCAUGAUUGAAGAGGCGGAAAGGAGCGGGCGCAUAAAGCCCGGAGAUACCCUCAUCGAGCCCACAUCCGGUAACACGGGGAUUGGGCUUGCGCUCGUGGGUGCGGUCAAGGGCUACAGGACCAUCAUCACGCUGCCGGAGAAGAUGAGCCCGGAAAAGGUUGCGGUGUUGAAGGCGCUGGGCGCCGAGAUUAUCCGGACGCCGACGAGUGCGGCAUGGGAUAGUCCGGAGAGCCAUAUUGGAGUGGCGAGGAGAUUGGUCAAGGAACUGCCGAAUGCGCAUAUUCUGGAUCAAUACUCGAAUCCUGAUAACCCGCUUGCGCAUGAGUGUGGUACUGCCGAGGAGGUGUGGACACAGACGGAUGGCAAAGUCACGGUGCUUGUAGCUGGUGCGGGAACUGGUGGCACAAUUACCGGUCUUGCAAGAGGUUUGAGGAAACACAAGGGGGAUGUCAAGAUCAUUGCGGCAGAUCCACAUGGUAGUAUUCUUGCGCUACCGUCCUCGCUGAACGAUGAGCGUGUGAAUGAGGGGUACAAGAUCGAGGGCAUUGGCUAUGAUUUCAUCCCAGACGUACUGGAUCAGAAGAUUGUGGACAAAUGGUAUAAGACGGAUGAUCGCACAUCGUUCAUGUAUGCUCGACGCCUUAUCUCAGAAGAAGGCAUCCUCUGCGGUGGAUCCUCGGGUAGCGCCAUGGCUGCAGCCGUGGAAGCCUCAAAAGACCUCAAUCUCACCGAAGACGACGUAAUGGUCGUCAUUCUACCAGAUAGCAUCCGCAGCUAUCUCAGCAAGUUUGUGGACGAUGACUGGCUUGCAGCAAAUGAUCUCCUUCCCCCAACCCCCCCCUCCACAAACGGCACGAACACCCCUUCCGCCCAACAACCCACUCACCGCCGCCUCUCGAGCACCUCUAAGAAAGACCCCUUCAACGGCGCCACCAUCGCCUCCCUGCGCCUCAAACCCGUCACCACCAUCCCCGCCAACUCCCCCUGCAGCGAAGCCAUUGAAACCAUGCGGGAAAAGGGCUUUGAUCAACUCCCUGUCAGCGUCUACUCCUCCUCUUCCGGAAAAGCGCGUCUCGUCGGACUCGUCACCCUCGGCAACCUCCUCAGCUACAUUGCGCGCGGUCGCGCAACGCCCAAGUCCCCCGUCGAAGACGUCAUGUUUGAUUUCCGCAAGCUGCCUGAAGUCGUCAAGGAUCUGGGUCGUUUAUCGCUCGAUGAUGGCAAGGGCCACCAUGACGGCAAGAAACAGGCACAUGGCAAGAGUGCCGCCGUACGCAGAGAAUUUGUAGAGAUUACGCGCGAUACGAAACUCAGCGAUUUGAACAAGUUCUUUGAAUGGAAUAGUGCGGCGGUUGUGACCGAGAGGGUGGAUGGGGAGAUGAGGGCGCAGGCUGUGGUUACUAAGGUUGAUUUGCUGACUUGGAUGGUUAGGAUGCAGAAUGGAGGGUCGUAG